GGGUGAAAGGAGAAUUACGAAGAAAAUGUCGAAAAAGAAGAUGGAUAUAUCGAUCUAAGUCUUUGAUUAGUAUUGGUUACUUAAAUUACCUUGCCACUGAACAAUGGUUCCCAUUUCAAGCGUCUAAGUUUAGUGGAGGUACUCGUGUAGAACAUGGCAGUUCAAGGGCCCGACAGCGGUUACAGUUGGGCCAUUGUCCUAUGUUGCUCAUACAUACAUUUCGCUCUGUUUGGACUCUUCCGUUCAGCUGGUGUGAUGUACGUAGCUUUGCUUCAGACCUUUGAUGUGACCAGAGAAGAGGCAUCCUGGCCGUUCAGCCUUUGUUCGGCAGUCUUCCAGCUUAUAGGUCCUCUGGUAAGUGUCCUGACGCAUUAUACAUCUCAGCGCAAAGCUUGCCUUUUGGGUUCAGCCAUUGCGACUUUCGGCGUGGCUGGGUGCUUCUUUGCUGAGAAUGUCAUGUGGAUCAAUAUUUUUUACGGUCUCGUACAUGGUUCAGGAUUUGGAGUUGUAGUGACUCUUGUGCCUGUGAUUAUCAAUCAGUAUUUUGUAAAGUAUCGUGCUACUGCCAUUGGUAUUGCAUUUUCUGGUGGAACACUCAGUUCAUUUGUUUUCCCAGUGGUUAUGGAAUGGAUGUUAGAAAAUUAUAGCUUAAACGGCAGCUUUCUCUUACUCGGUGGUGUUGUUAUGAACAUGUUAGUUGCCUCUUCUUUGUUACGAGAACCUCCAUGGAUAAAAAAGCCAAAGCAGACGAAAAAUGCACUUUUAGAAGAUGCAUCUGAAGCCAAAGAUUCUGGGGUAUCGACUUCUGCUGACCUUGCUGCUGAUGCGAAGAUGAUGGAAAGAUUAGAUAAUUUUUCCUCUGCUAAGAGCGACGGCGAAAGAAAAAUUUCUGAAAUAACUCCUAAUGGGGAAUCAAAACAUAAUGAUAGUCUUACCGACGAACAGCUUGAUAAUGAGUUAUCAGCUGCUGAAGAAAAACAAGACGAAAGUCUAAAUUUGGACACUAUUUACAGCAAUAAUGAUAGCGUUUUAUUUGGUGGCUCUAACCUCAAGAUUGACACAGUUGGUAAUGCCACUAAAUAUGAAAAAUGUGAUAUUGCGUGUAAAAAUGAAGUUGAAGUCAAAGACCCGCUUCUUAGUUGCAAUCCGGUAUUUGUGGUGCCAAAGAAAGAUACAGAGAAUCUCGAAAAAAAUUCUGAUAUGAAAAGCAAUGCUCGUCAUUCGUUGACAGAAAUCUUAAAAGAACCCAUGUUCCAUUUGAUAACUUUUACCAUGAAUAUCUUCUUUUUAGGAAUUCAUUCUUUCUUCAUGGUCAUUGUAGAUUUCGCCAAAGACAAAGGUAUUCCUGAAGCUCAAGGAAUAUACAUUAUUUCCAUGUUUUCUCUUACAGAUCUGGUUGGAAGAGCUUGUUUAGGCUGGGUCACAGAUCGCAACUAUAUUAAAAGGAAGAAUAUGGUAAUAUUAAAUUUAAUUGUGAUUGGUAUCAUCAAUCAGUUGUACCCAGUUUUAAAUAGUUUACAACAUAUAUUGGUAGUUUCUGCUUUUCACGGAAUGGCUGUGGGAUGUACAAUCAGCUUAUUUUUUGUACUGCAUGCGGAAUACAUGGGCUUGAAAAGGCUGACUUUAGUGCUGGGUCUCUGCAGCUUCAUUAAUGGACUAUUAACCUUCAUAAGGCCUGCUAUGAUAGGUAUGUUUCGUGAUGUAAUAGGUUCAUAUAAUUGGAUGUUUCAUUUCUUUGGAAUAAUUUCAUUGGCAUUUGCUGCAAUAUGGCUUGUGGAGUCGUGGAUAACUCGGAACAAGAAAAAACCUAAUUCUGCAGAAGAUGGAAAAAUCUGAGCCAAAGUAAAUUUAUAUGAAAUUAUUUAAUAACUAUUUUCCUAUGCAUGAUGAUGUGAUUACUUACAAAUAACCAUUUAGAUCAAUGAGCUUGUGCUUAUGCUGCGUGUACCAAAAAGCAAACUAAGAUAUCAAGAUUAUUUUUAAUGUGAAGUAUGAAAAAGUGCUUUCCAAUGUAUGAAACAUUUCAUAUUGUUAAUAUUUCAUAUUUGUUUCAGUUCAUUGUAUUAGUAUUAUGUAGAUUGUACAUGUUUCAGGAUAAAUACUAAUUUGUAUAUAUUACAUCAUUUUCUGUAAUAUAUUUAUAGGCAAAAUAAACAGUUAUACUUAGUUUUAUAUAUUUUUAUCAUCUUUUUCCAAAAAUAAGUUUCUCUACUUUUCUACCUUAUAAAGAAGUGAAUAUUUCUCAGUAAAAAGAACCAGUCUAUCAGCGGCAGAGCAGUAAAGUCUCUGAAUACUGGUAGUUUGGCCCAGGAUUUGAAUCUCAGCAAACAGGUUAACUGCAUGACAUUUUCCCCAAGUAUAACAUGUAGAUGAGAGAGUGUUCCUUAGAAAGUCCUUCAUGAAAGCAUGCCCCCUCUAAGGCAGAUAGCCCUUACGUUCUUUGUCAUAAUCAAAUACCCCCCCCAAAACUAUGAAUGUUUAGUGGUUGUAUGAUAAUCUUAAGCACCAGUAACAAUUCCAUUUAUGGAACUUGGUUUUCGAAGAAAGACUAUACUUAAAAUUAACUUCAAAAUUAUCACAUGUACUCUACUUAAAAUUUCUUUUGAAAAAAAAUCUGAUCUUUGCAAAUUUUGCUGAUACUGUUAGUUUCUUGUAAAACAUAAUGAAUAUUUACUAGAUGGAAUUCUUCACUACCUGAUGUACAUAAAUAAAAUUUUACAUUAAUGGAACUCUUUUAUCUAAAGUAUUCUAAUUGUGUUUGUAAACUUCUCUAUUAUUCGAGAAAAGUUUGUAAUUUGUACAUCUUUGGGAAGCAUAUUUAAGAAGUUAAAACUUUGUAGACAAUUUACUUAAAACCCCCAUAAAAGUUUGUUUUAAAAUCAAUACACAUAUUAAAAAAACUAAUAACUUUUGCUGUUAAAGAUAUGGCCUUUAACAG